GGCGGUGGCGGUGGCGGUGGCGGCGGCGCGGCGCCGGCAGCCGGGCGCAAGAUGAUGAAGUUUCGGUUCCGGAGGCAGGGCGCCGACCCGCAGCGCGAGAAACUCAAGCAGGAGCUCUUCGCUUUCAACAAGGCUCUGAGUGGAUGGGGCUACAGUGCCCAGGAAUGUGUCCCCAGCAGCCCUCCCUCCCCACAGACUGUGGAGCAUGGAUUCCCCAAUCAGCCCAGUGCCCUGGCCUUCGAUCCUGAACUUCGAAUCAUGGCUAUCGGCACCAGGUCUGGGGCCGUCAAGAUCUAUGGUGCACCUGGUGUGGAGUUUACAGGCCUACACAGAGAUGCGGCCACUGUCACCCAGAUGCAUUUCUUGUCUGGCCAGGGCCGCCUCCUGACUCUGCUGGAUGACAGUAGUCUGCAUCUCUGGGAGAUCAUCCACCAUAAUGGCUGUGCCCACUUGGAGGAAGCACUCAGCUUCCAGCCACCCAGCCGGCCCAGCUAUGAAGGUGUCAGUGCACCUGCCAGCCUCACCCGCAUCACAGUGGUCUUGCUGGUGGCUACUGAUGACACAGCUGUCCUGGGCACUGAGGGUGGUACUGUCUUUUUCCUGGAUGUCACCACCUUGAUGCUGCUGGAGGGACAGACCCUCAGCCCAGAUGAGGUUCUGCACAGUGUGCCAGAUGACUACCGGUGUGGGAAGGCUUUGGGCCCUGUGGAGUCACUCCAGGGGCACCUCGUGGACCCUACUAAGAUCCUCAUUGGGUAUAGCCGAGGCCUGCUGGUCAUUUGGAAUCAGGUUACACGGUGUGUGGACCACAUCUUCUUGGGGAACCAGCAACUGGAGAGCCUGUGUUGGGGGCGGGGCGGUGGCACCAUCAUCAGCUCACACAGCGAUGGCAGCUAUGCUGUCUGGUCGGUGGAAACUGGCAGCUCCCUGACACUGCAGCCCACUGUGGCCACCACACCCUACGGCCCCUUUCCCUGCAAGGCCAUCAACAAGAUUCUGUGGCGGAACUGUGAAUCUGGGGGCCACUUUAUUAUCUUCAGUGGUGGCAUGCCCCGAGCCAGCUAUGGUGACCGCCACUGUGUGAGUGUGCUGCGAGCGGAGACACUGGUGACGUUGGACUUUACCUCCCGCAUCAUUGACUUCUUCACAGUGCACAGCACAGGGCUGGAGGAUGACUUCGACAACCCACGGGCCCUAGCCGUGCUGCUAGAGGAGGAGCUGGUGGUGCUUGACCUGCAGACACCUGGCUGGCCAGCUGUGCCUGCCCCCUACCUGGCCCCGCUGCACUCGUCCGCCAUCACCUGUUCUGCCCAUGUUGCUAACGUCCCUGCCAAGCUCUGGGCCCGAAUUGUGAGCGCUGGCGAGCAGCAGAGCCCGCAGCCUGUCUCCAGUGCCUCGAGCUGGCCCAUCACCGGGGGCCAGAACCUGGCCCAAGAGCCAUCACAGCGAGGGCUGCUGCUGACUGGCCAUGAGGAUGGCACUGUGCGGUUCUGGGAUGCCUCUGGUGUGGCACUGCGGCCACUCUACAAGCUGAGCACGGCUGGCCUCUUUCAGACAGACUGUGAACACGUGGACAGCCUGACCCAGGCUGCUGAGGAUGACUGGCCGCCCUUCCGCAAGGUGGGCUGCUUUGACCCCUACAGUGAUGAUCCCCGGCUUGGUGUGCAGAAAGUGGCCCUCUGCAAGUACACAGCCCAGAUGGUGGUGGCAGGCACUGCAGGCCAGGUACUGGUGCUGGAGCUCAGUGACAUGCCAGCGGAGCAGGCGGUCAGUGUAGCCAGUGUGGACCUCCUCCAGGAUCGUGAGGGCUUCACGUGGAAGGGCCAUGAGCGGCUGAGCCCACGCACAGGGCCACUCCUGUGGCCUGCCGGCUUCCAGCCCCGUGUGCUGGUGCAGUGCCUGCCCCCAGCUGCUGUCACCGCUGUCACACUCCAUACGGAGUGGAGCCUUGUGGCCUUUGGCACCAGUCAUGGCUUUGGCCUUUUUGACUAUCGGCGCAAGAGCCCAGUACUGGCCAGGUGCACCCUUCACCCAAACGAUUCCCUGGCCAUGGAGGGGCCACUGUCCCGGGUGAAGUCCCUCAAGAAGUCGCUGCGCCAGUCUUUCCGGCGCAUCCGCAAGAGCCGAGUCUCGGGCAAGAAGCGGGCUGCUAAUGCCAAUAGCAAGUUGCAAGAGGCCAAUGCACAACUGGCAGAGCAAGCCUGCCCCCAUGAUGUGGAGAUGACACCUGUGCAGCGCCGCAUCGAGCCUCGGUCUGCUGAUGACUCCCUCUCAGGCGUUGUGCGCUGCCUCUACUUUGCUGACACAUUCCUUCGAGAUGCGGUCCACCAUGGGCCCACUAUGUGGGCAGGCACCAACUCAGGCUCCGUGUUUGCCUAUGCACUGGAGGUGCCAGCAGCCAUGGCAGGAAGUGAGAAGCGGCCUGAGCGGGCAGUGGAGGCUGUGCUGGGCAAAGAGGUGCAGUUGAUGCACCGGGCACCUGUAGUGGCCAUCGCUGUGCUGGAUGGACGUGGCCGCCCACUGCCUGAGCCCUAUGAGGCCUCUCGGGACCUGGCACAGGCGCCUGACAUGCAGGGUGGGCAUGCUGUGCUCAUUGCAUCAGAGGAGCAGUUUAAGGUGUUCACACUGCCCAAGGUGAGCGCCAAGACCAAGUUCAAGCUAACAGCCCAUGAGGGCUGUCGUGUGCGAAAGGUAGCCCUGGCCACGUUUGCUAGUGUGGCCUGUGAGGACUAUGCCGAGACCUGCCUGGCUUGCCUCACCAACCUGGGCGAUGUGCAUGUCUUCUCGGUGCCUGGCUUGCGGCCCCAGGUACACUACUCCUGUAUUCGAAAGGAGGACAUCAGUGGCAUCGCCUCAUGUGUCUUCACACGCCAUGGCCAGGGCUUUUACCUGAUUUCCCCAUCAGAAUUUGAACGCUUCUCCCUGAGUGCCCGAAACAUCACAGAGCCACUCUGCUCUCUGGACAUCGGCUCCACCCGGGUCAGGGUCCGAGAGUCGCCCAAGCUGAGCCAGGCUAAUGGAACCCCAAGCAUCAUCCUGGCUCCCCAGAGCCAUGACGGAAGCCCUGAUCCUGCCCACAGCAAGGGAGCUGGUGAGGGGCGCUCACGGAAUGGGGGCGGGCUGUGGCCUGAUGGUGUCAUGGGGAGGAAUGAGGACGCUGCUCAGGGAUGGGGCAGGCUUCUGCAGGGGCAGCAGCUGAGCCAGGGCUGGAUGCUGCACAGAGGAGUGGCAGACACCCCAGAGCUGCCUGAGGCCACACUCUCACCCAUGUCCAUUGACUCGGCUACCAGCGCUGACACUACAUUGGACACGACAGGGGAUGUCACAGUGGAGGAUGUGAAGGAUUUCCUGGGCUCUGAGGAGUCGAAGAAUCUGAGGAACCUGGCGGAAGAUGAACCUCAUGCCUGCACCAUCCUGAUCAAAUGAGGAAGACCAGCGUGAUCCCAGCCAUCUCUUGCCCUGCCUGGAGCUGGCAUCCUGGAUCCCCGGCUUCUGCCUGGUCCCUUAACAUAGACCCAUAUCUGCUAACCUGUGGGCGCCAGUGGACCUGCCAUCCUGUCCCCACCAAGACUGGGCCCUGGAGCUGCCCUCUGAGGGGCUCUUCCUGGGGCCUGUUGACAAGGCUGGCUGAAUCCUUCCUAGGGCAAGUGGCUGCCCUGGGGCUGCUGCCUCUGGGAAAGGGCAGACGGGGCUGAACAUCAGGCCACCUCCCACUCCACACACACCCAUCCUCCCUUUGCAGAGUAUUUUUCUAAUGCCAGUGCUGGUCUGGAUAGUUAUUUCUAAAACUAUUUUGGUACUUGCCCCCAGGCCAGCCCUCAGCCUGUGUGUGUGUGUGAUGGAGAACCCUGCUGGGCAUCUCAGCUGGGCUAUUAGGUAUGUGUGUGUUGGGGGGAUCAGGAUGGGCUUCCCUGUAGAUUGUACCUUGAACUUUUUUUCUGGCCUUUUUUAAAAGUUAGUGUUGUUUUAAUAUUAAGAAUACUGAUUUUUAAUAUUGAAAAUAAAAGCAUUUAAUAUCUCUUAAAGAGCAACCACAUCUGCUUUGUCCCGGGUAGGGGGUUUCACAUGUGUGGUCACACUGCGGGGAGGCUGUUUUCCCAGACCCCCACUGGUGCUGCAUGGGGCUGUGUGCUGUUGGGUACAGGAGCACUGGUGGGUGGCCAGGCCAGGGGCUGUCAUCUGGGUACAUUCUCAGCUAGUAG